AUGGGCGUAACUAGUAACGUGAAAGAAUCGUGGUAUUUGCGAAUCAAUGAAGAAAUCGAUGCGUUUUGCCGAAAUUUUGAUGAAAAAUUCGACAAGCAACAACAGCAGUUGAAGGCGUGCAAGAAAAAAAAUGAGUUGGAAUCAAAAUUGGCCCACGAGAUGAAACUAAAUUUGGAGCUAAAACAACAACUCACGGAGCUUAACAGCCGCUCUGGUGAACUGGAGAGGGUCUGCGCCAGCUUUGAGUCGCUAACAAUAGCGGACAGCGAUAAAAACCGUCUGGACAAUGCUAAAGACACAUAUCAGCUGGCGAAGGAACUGACGGGGGUCCGUUUCGACUUCAGCGCUCCACCCAGCGUCGCCAAAGGCUACGUUAAAAACGAAGCCCGAAGGCUGCUGCAGCCUUUCGGAAUCGACGCCGGCGACAGCGACGCCCUCUGGGCCCUUAUCAAGAGCGCCGCUUCGCAGGAUUGGCCAAAACCGCUGGACAAGGAGAACGUGGCGAAUAAC